GUGGAAAGGAGUGAUCUUGCUCCGGGCCAUGGCAAUGGCGGUCUUGCGAGCUUUCUGGAACAGCCCUGUUGGCCCCAAAACAACUCAUUUCUGGGGGCCAGUCGCCAAUGGGGGUUUUGUCGUUGCUAGAUCAGAUGUGAAACUGCAAUUUGCUCAAAGAGAAAGGAAGGAACAGUUCUGACUGUUGUUGUCCUAAAGGUUUCCAGAUGACAACAAACACAUGGCAAUGGCUGACGUGAAAAAACCUGCUGAAACCAUUUCUGGGAACAUGACCACAGCCAUGUGUCUGUACUCGGGAGCUCUCAUGAGGUUUGCAUGGAUGGUGCAGCCACGCAACUAUCUGCUGCUUGCAUGCCAUGCUUCCAAUGAAGUGGUUCAGCUUUACCAGCUAUCCCGCUGGGUAAAUGCUCGAGGAUACCUGAAGAACAGAGAUCCAGCUGAAGAGCAGUAACUCUAAGAUCCCCAAAGCAUCUUUUCAAUGAAAUAAAACUGGUUCAGAAAUUAUUAUAUUUUGCUGGAUCCAUUACAGAUACCAUAUACUGUUAAAUUUGGUUGUGAGUGAAGUGAUUAUGCUUAAUGCAUUUGUUCA